AUGACGGUGGGUUUAAGCUCCUCUGACUGGCCGUGCUGGAACAAAGCCAUUAGUGCCCCUGAUUCCCAAACACUCUUCUCUGCCAGGAGCACCGUUCUGUCCUGCCGGGACAUGCUUCUUGCAGGGGAUCCGCACUACGAGAGCGCCUACUCCGCCUCCACAACAACUCGCAGCACCGUUGACGUUUCUACAGCAACUCUUUGGGGCACCAGUCACCUGAACAACGCACGUUAUCAGCGUGAGCACUCACAGCAUGUUUCUUUACAUGACACUCGGCAAGAAUCAACAUGGUUCUAUCAACUUUCUCCACAUCUUCAGCACAAUAAGCAGCUUCAGAAUACAUUAAUUCAGAAAGAAGAGGAACUAGCAAGACUUCAAGAAGAAAAUAAUAAACUAAAAGAAUUUUUUAACUCUGCAUAUGUGAAGUCUCUUAAAGAAAAAUCAAAGAAGUUUCUCUUUGUUCAAAGAAGCUCAGAAUUGAGAAAAAGAAAAAGAACUUUAAAUGAAGAAGAUUCUCUUAAUGUGAGUCAGCUGCUACAGGAUUCUGAGGGAAUACGUACAUGCCGCAACCUCUCACCUGAAUUCUGCUUACCUAAGGAGGUGGCUGUCACGCCACCGCUCAACUCCUGGAUUCUAGAGACUCUGGGGCUGCAAGAUGAGGGUAUCGUCAAUGCUGACAGCUGUUUCAGUAGCCCAACAACAGACCAAACUUCUUCAUUCUACUCCCCAAUAACAAGCAUUGACCAGCAAUCAUUGACAAGUCCAGACAUGCAGAACAGUCGCACAUGCAGUCUUUAUCCUGAUAGCCAAAGUGAAUAUAGCAGCGCCAAAGACUCCUCAUUUGGCGUGAGCCACAAUAUGGACACCUGCACUGAAUAUUUGACUCUUGACCCUUCACCUUUGUACACUGUCAGUACAGGGUCACAAGUAAACUCCUUACCAGCUAUUGUUUCCACUGGACACUUUACCCCACCAAGGGCAGCUCCAACUCCUCAGCACUUAGAUGCUUCAAAAUUGUGGCAGCACUGUAACAGCCAUGACUUUUCCAUUCCACCAGGGGGCGAAGGCGCACUUUUUUAUGUGCCACACACAGCAGGAAGUAGAAUGGACUUGGCUUUUAGCAUGUCAUUAAGUCCUCAGAACACUGUUAAGACGCAGUCUUAUCCACAAGGACAGGCUUUUACACGCAGGGAUUCACAGGGAGGAUGGAAUUUUACCUGGGUGCCAAAGCAUUUUUCUUAAAGUAUUUCAGGAAAUUAACUAUACAGUGUUUUUGUUGUGGUUGUCUUUUUAAAACAGUCAUGGGAUAGAGUGUCAACCAUAAUAAGUGUUGUAUUGUACAGCAUAAAUAAUAUUAAUCAACCAUAAUUUAAGAGGCA